AUGUUCCAGGUUCGUAUUCUCACUUCAAAAGACGGCAUCUUCGGCAAUGCCACAUCGGGGUCUAGAGGCACCGAUUUCGUAAUGAACUCCCGCGGCUCACCAUCGCUCUAUCUCAUCCUCACAGCCAAACCCCCAAGACCACCUUCACCUGCGCCUCCACCGCGCCCGAUCCGCGCCGCCCAACGAACCUUUGAAGGCGCCUACAUGCGCACAGCCCUCUCCCAAUUCUCCUUUGCCCUCAUCAUUCUCAAAAUCUUCACCUCGGAAUUCUACGCCAUCGGCGCCUUAUUCGCCGUCUACGGCGCCGCCGUCAUGCUCGUCGCCAUUUUCCGCCGGCACGAGGGAAAUCGCCAGUUCUUCACGAGCCCCAAGGUGGACGAGGGCAGCGGGGUCGUGAGCGGCGGCGUGGUGCGCAAGUUCCGCACGAGCGGGAAUAGCGUCGCGAUGCUUACCGUGUUGAGUCUUGCUGCGUAUGUUACGCUUUUGGUGCUUACUUGGCAGCUUGUGCAGUGA